AUGGCCCAAGCAGUGGGCACUCCAUUGGUGAUUGAUAAAGCUACGGAAAAUCGGACUAGACCAAGUUGUGCUCGUGUGAAAGUGGAAGUUGAUUUAAUGAAAGAAUUGCCAAAAAGAAUACACAUCAGUUGUGUUGAUGAGGAUACUGGUGAACAGGGUACAGAAAAGCAAAUACCUGCAAAAGGCAAAGGGAAAGGUGCACAUUACAAUGGGAAGCAUAACAACGGGAAUCAGCCUAAAAUGGAAUGGAAUGUGGCGACAAAUAAAAAGAAAAGAAAUUAUAAUAUGGGGGAGAAUCAGAAAGUGAAUGACAAGAUGGAAACUGCUGGUAGCAGUCAACAGAACUUGAAAGGAACAAUGCAAGGGGUUAAUACUAAUAAUAACUUUGCAGCACUGACUAAUGUAGAGGAAGAACAAUCUGUGGAAUUGGUUCAGGAACAAAAAAGUAAGGAAACUGCAAAACCAUGGAUUGAGGCCUCCUUUGGUAAACAAUUGCAAUCUUCGGGGGAAGCACACAAGGAGAAUGACAGUUUAAAUGGGAACAAAGAUAACAAAGUACACAUAGAGGAAGAAAGUAGCUCCAGCAAACCAGAGAGUGACAAGGAGAACAAGGUGGAUCAAAGCAACAAUAAGGUUCAUGGUAACAACCAAUCAACAACUGAGGCUGAGCAGGAAGUAGCCAAACCUGAAUUUGGUGAAGAAGAAAUGGAACAUGUGGUUCAUGAUGUGGAUUUGAACAAGGAACCAGACAAGCCUCCUGAUGAUAGCACUGAAGUGGCAUUUGAGGAAGAACAUCCCGAUCCUGCAAACAAAGAUACAAUUGGGGAUAAUCAAUCUCCUUCAAAAGGGGAAAAGGAAGCAGAAAUUGAAGUCCACAACACAGGGAUUCACCAGAAGCAAAAUAUUAUAGAAGUCAGUGAUGAAAACAUGCAGAAUAUUGAGGACAAUAAAAGAGAGUGGAAAAUACAAAAUAGGAGACACACAGAAGGGGCACAACAAGUUGGCUACCAAAAAUUUUGA